AUGUCAACAAGUAAUAAUAGCAAUUCUUCAAUCUUUGUGCGUCUUUUUGAGAAAUUAUAUAGCAUGUUGACCUCUCCUUUUAGAUGGAUUUGGUCAAAGGUUGUUCCAUCAUCAAAUUCUUCAUCUUCGUCUUUGGGAAAAACAAGCCUUGAUGAUAGAUAUGCUGGAGUGGCUAGUCAGAAUCCUGGAAAGACAGUUAUUGAAUAUCCUACAUUGCCUGUUCAUGAAUUACCGAAAAUAUAUGAUGAGAAGGCUGGUUCCAGUUUUGUAAAGGAUUUUGAUAUUGAAUUGGAUAGCUCGGAGGAAAUACUCAAGUUUUUCAAUGAGUUUGGUGUGGUUGUAUUUAGGAAUGUAUUGAAUGAGGAAGAGGUUGAUAGAUCAUUGGAUGAUGUUUGGAAUAUUUUGGAAAAAGAAGAACAUAUGAAACCAAACGAUCCUGAAACUUGGAAGAAGGGAUCAAGAAUGGGAAUUGUUGGGAAUGAUGUUUAUUGGACAAGGGUCGGAAUGGAAAAUAGACAGAAUGAAAAGUUGGUAAAAUGUUUUGAGUUGGUGUAUGGAAUGGAUAGAUCAAAGUUGUGGACUAGUUUUGAUAGAAUUGGUGUUUUAAAGCCAACAGUUGAUGUACCAGUUCCUUACAAUGAUUCAAACUCGCUUCCCAAAUCUAGACAAUUGAGUGAAAUGCCUUCAGAAACAAGUCUUGUUCAAAAGAAGGAGUUGAAAACAGAAUCUCAGUGGUUGCAUUGGGAUUUGAAUCCUUACUACUGCUUGGGUGAAUAUCCAGCCCAAGCUGAAGAUGAAAACGAUAACAAGCAAAUUAUUGGAAGUAAUCCAGACUAUUACUUUAUUGUAGAGAAUAAUUCAAACUAUGAAGUAAUUAGAUUGCAAGGUAUUUUAGCUAUUUCUGAAACCAGAGAGCAAGAUGGAGGAUUUGUUUGUGUACCUGGGUUCGUUCAACAUGUAAAGGAAUAUGCAGAAAAAUUGAGGGAUUACAAACCUGGGCCAAGAUGUACAUUCCUCUCAGUGAGAAAGGAAGAUCCACUCAUCUCACAAACCCAAAAAGUUCCAGUCAGAAAGGGAUCUUUAAUCAUUUUCAACAGCUUACUUCCUCAUGCUAAUUUCCCAAAUUCCUCUGAUAGAUUCAGAGUUUGUCAAUACAUUAAGAUGGUGCCAAAGAAGGGAAGUGAGGAAUUCCAAAGGCUUAGAGCUACUAUGGUCCAUGAUUUAAUGUCUCAAGACUUUGUACCAAAUGAGAUUGGUAAGGAAGUCUUUGGAUUUAAUCUGCUGGAUAAAUAUAAGCAACAAUAA